AAGCAGGAAAGUGAGAGAGAGAGAGACGGUGAAAGUUCUGCCCUCUGAGAGAAUCACGAACAACAGCUGUUCAGGACAGUCCCACCACAGGACACAGGGUGCAGAGCCGUCAGUAGUGACAUGCUGAGGACUCUGACGACUGGAUGGCUGUGAUGAAGGAGGAAAGAAGAGCAGAGAAGGAUGCAUCUGGAUUAGAAAGUGAGUCCUACUAAAUAUUCAGGAAGGGAAUAGAGCAGGAAACUACUGUGGAACUAGGAGGUGCUAGAUGGACAUUUAGAAGAGGAACUCAAAGAGCUUGCAAAUGAGGAAUGAAACAUAAAUGAAAGCAACGUCACAGUACCUGAGAGAGAGAGAGAGAGAGAGAGAGAGAGAGAGAGAGCAGAGGCAAGAGGGUGGGAGACACACACCAAAAAAGGGCUUGAGCCGGAGCUGGAAUCAAAGCUUGCUGGAUAAAUGCACAGACGCCAGGGGAGAAGAAUAAGACAACAACAGACAGACAGACAGACAGACAGAGAGAGAGAGAGAGAGAGACUGAUUUGUGAGGGGCAUUAAAAAAGACCAGGGUGCAAAAAGGACUGAGUUAGUGUAUUAAAGUAUGUGCAGUAUAUUUUGAGGUUAGUGGUAGUGUAAUUAUUUACUGGAGUGGGUGAAAAGGGAGUGUCUUUUAUUUGAGGCUAUGGAACAGAGCUGUACCUGAACACAGACUGUAAACUGUGGUGUGUCACCAUGUCCACGGGCCCUGGGCCCCGAGAGGCCCCUCUGCCCAGGGAGAAGCUGCUGAAGGAGCCUGGUGUGACGGUGGGGAGCUCGACACAUAGUCCUGUGGGACUUCAGACACUACUUGACUUGCUGGUUGGAGUCUACCAGGCGUUCCAGUCCUCCGAAGCAGCCAGAGAUAAAUACGUCAGACGCUUCCUGCAGUGGGCGGAGCCUCUGGUGGGCCAAGUGAAGAAGACUCGCAUAAAAAGGGAUGAUUUCAACAUCUUGAAGGUGAUUGGCCGAGGGACCUUCAGUGAGGUUGCUGUGGCUAGAAUGUGCAACACUCAACAGGUCUAUGCACUGAAGAUAAUGAACAAAUGGGACAUGUUGAAGCGUGGUGAGACAGCAUGCUAUCAGGAGGAAAGGGAGGUUUUGCUAAAAGGGGAUCGUCGCUGGAUCACCGAAUUGCACUAUGCCUUCCAAGAUGACAAUUACCUUUACUUAGCAAUGGAUUACUAUGUUGGUGGAGACUUGCUAACGUUGCUUAGUAAGUUUGGUGACCAUUUUCCAGAGGACAUGGCUCAGUUUUACUUAGCGGAGAUGGUGAUGGCUAUUGACUCUGUCCACAGACUGGGCUACGUCCACAGAGAUGUGAAGCCUGAUAACAUCCUGCUAACAGCAGAUGGACAUGUGCGACUGGGGGACUUUGGGUCAUGUUUGAGACUGCAGGAUGAUGGCUUGGUUCACUCUUCGCUGGCUGUCGGUACUCCAGACUACCUGUCUCCAGAGAUCCUGCGAGCAGUAGAAGGGGGAGGAGGCUAUGGUAUAGAGUGUGACUGGUGGGCUCUUGGUGUGUGUGCAUAUGAGAUGCUACUGGGGACCACACCCUUCUAUGCAGAGUCACUAUCUGAAACCUAUGCAAAAAUAAUCCACUUUGAGGAUUAUUUUGAGUUCCCUGCAUCUGCCGUGGACAUUUCUGAGGAGGCACGCACCCUGAUCACAGGUUUGCUUUGUGACCGGAAUGAAAGGCUGGGUGCAAAUGGCUCUGCAGAUUUCCGGAGUCAUCUGUUCUUCAGUGGACUUGAGUGGAGUGCCUUGCAUCAGUUACCUGCUCCCUAUCAGCCUGAAGUAUCCAAUGCUACAGACACCUCCAACUUCGACGUGCUGGAUGACUGCCUUAGUGAAACAGAGACUCUAACUGACGUAAUGGACAGAGCACCUACAGGAAUUCAUCUAGCAUUUGUCGGAUACUCUUAUACAGCUACCAGAGAAACAGGAGCUGUGGACCGCAGCCAAGACAUCAUGAUGGAGAUUGACCAGCAGCCAGUUCUAGAGUCUCUGUACCUGCAAGAGAAACUGAACCAAGUGUGGCAGCUCAGGGAGCAUCAUGAGAUAUCAACACAGACAGAUUUUCCCUUGGCCCUUGAACACAGUACUGUAGAGCCUUCAACCACAUCAGAUACAGAACAGAGCGGCGCCCAAAUCCAGGAGCUGCAGAGGCAACUGAGGGAGGCUGAGGAGAGAAACAAUGACCUGAAACAAGAAGUAGAGACCCUGCGUGACGAGAUCCAUAGACUCAAGGUCCAGCAGGACAAAGAAUUGUGUGUGUGCCCAUCGCCUGUCUUUCUGCCUGCGUGCUGUGUGGAGCCUUUCAGGGAUAACUCAGCAGUGCCCCCUGCCUGCCAUUACCCACUAGUGAGGCCUCUUCUGCGCCACCUGCUGCUCUUCCACAGGGUGCGCUGGCCACGGGUGAAGACUGAGUCGUACCUGCUGGUGUGUGCAGAAAGCAGAGAACUCCAGAUGUGGGAGCGCUACUGCAGAUCCAAGUUCUCCUGAAUGCUGCUGUGUGAAGAGCUGAUGUCGGGUUCUCUGUGUGGGUCCAGCGUGAUUGUCUGACAGCUGGUCAGAUUGUCUCAGACAGCUUGUAUAGUCCAGCCUCUAAAACUCUUCACACCUUCCUCUAAGCCGCACUGCUGAGAUCCACCCUGUCAUUAACACCAUUCAGGAGUACUGUGUGUGUAACUGAGGUUCAUUCUGUACCAAAUAGCGAGCUUAAUUUGUUAAUGUUUACUUUACAGGCCUCAUUUAUUUUCAUUGAUUUCGGUUUCCUGCAGGAUGACACUUGAUUGCACUUAAUGAAAAAUGCGUUUAUGGUCUUUCAGUUUGUAUGAUACUCCUUUUUAUACACACUUAAGCUUUUGUAAUGUCAUUUAAACAAAUCCCAUCUGAUAUAUCAAAGUGUUUGUGUGUGUCAGACACGAACACUAACACACUCACAUUAGCUUAGGUACAGACAAAAGAACAAGAGGAGAGGACAUAGUGAAAGACCAUCCAAUUCCAGAUGUGCUGGUAAAAUGCACUGAAAAGAUUUUAUUACCUUUUGUACAAAGAAAGUAGUAAAUCUAUUGCACAUUUAAAAGCUAUAAAUGUUAGCGAAGUAUUACCUAUUUAUUACAGGACUACUAAAUUUUAUUUUCUAGAAAAUACCUGUGUGAACAAUUGCUGUUUAUGGUGUGGCAAAGACAGUAUCGUAUCUUUAAGGUGUUAUUAAUGAAUAACAAAGUUUUUUUUUUUUUAAAUCAAGAAAUAAAAACUGUGU